AUGGGCCCUACGGACUCCGAUCCCCCCAGCGAUGAUGUCUUUCCUACUCCAAGCAUCACAGCCUCUUCCCACGCCGCCGAGAGUAACUCUCGCAACGCGUGCGGUUCACACCAGCCCUCGGCUCCUUCCAAGCACCCUUCACUGGAGGGCUCACUGUCACCCAACAGCCGAGUCGAUCUGGGUGGUUCUCGGCGGCAUUCUUCGGACGACAGUAGUAACCAUUUAUCUAAUGCCCCUGAUUUUUCUGAUCCUCUGGCACCGACGCAGCCAGUUUCUGGACCCCUCGCCUCCUCCUCCGACGCCGUAACUACCUUCUCCUCGAUGCAUCAUUUUUGGCAAGACCCCUUGCAGGAACUGGCUCGGCGUUCGAAAGCGGGGUCAAAGCGUAAUGCCCUUCUACUUUGGUGUCAAUCACGGGUCGCCGGAUACCGGGGCGUGGAGGUGACCAAUUUCUCCAGUUCUUGGAAUAAUGGCCUUGCCCUUUGUGCCCUUUUGCACACGUACAUUCCCUCGCAAAUCCCAUGGAACGACCUGGUCACGACAACUGGCCUACCCAUUGAUAAGCGACGCUGCUUUGAGGUCGCAUUUAAAGCCGCCGAGAGUGUUGGUAUCCCCACCACACUUCGGCUUCAAGACAUGCUCGCUACAGACCGGCCGGAUUGGAGUUCCGUCAUGUCCUAUGUUGCCUCGAUUUAUCGACGUUACGAAGUACACGAUCCGACUAAUCCCGGUGCAAAUGCGAGUGUGCCAUCAGCCACUUGAUGUGCCUUCCAGUUUCUUUACUACUGUGACCGCUUGUCAUCCAGGGUGCUGAACCAGUGGUUCAUUGAUCUCAGGUACAACUCACUGCAUUGGCUUCCGCCGUGCAUUUGCUGCCGAUUUGAUUUACCUGUUUACACCGCAUGUCUCAUUUCACAUCUUAGCGCAGCACACAUUUUGUGACAUCCCUCCGGCUUUUCUGGCCACCUCAGUUACACUGUACUCCUCUUUCUGAUUCCAGGCUUAAUUAUCAUUGCGUAUUAUUCUUACGCAUGUGCAGUUUCUCCGUUGUAUUUGCCGUUGUAACGCAUUUCUGUCUUCCAGUUUCGAGUGACCUUAUUAAAAACCAAUCGAAGAUCCAAGCUACUUACGCUGCAUUACAUUUCGCCACCCCCGGGAACGGAAAUGGUUAGCUAGUGUUCGCUCAUCCGUUUUGGGUUCCGUUUGCGAUCAAUCCAGCUUGUUCCAUCGCAGUGUGUAACAUAACACCACCUAGUCUGUGUUCGGUAGGCUUAACUCCUACGCUGUUCUUUUCACUUCUCCCCAAGUCUAGCGAUGCGAAACCCUUGGCUUUUCAUAGUUGCAUAGGGGCUGAUUCACUUGCAGCGAACAUCGUCCUCAUCACACAAUGUGCUAGGUCACGGUCGAUUUGCUUUUCAUAUUGUGAGCUGCACCCCCAUACAGUCGUUUGCUUGUGCACAUUUGAAAGAUCACGUUUGACCCUGCCUACUAUUCUGUUCCAGUUGUGAUAGCGGCAGGCUUUUGCGACAAGAUUCCACUUGCGAGCUAAAUAAAUG